AUGGCACCAAAGGGCGGUUACUGGAGAAUCUCUAGUGAUGAAGAUAAAAAAGUCAGUUUUGUAUCUUCACUUUUUUUUUGUUGGAUGAACGGAGUCCUUAAAGAGGGUAGUCAAAGACCUUUGGAUCAAAAUGACUUUUUACCCUUGUCAGAGGAGAACUCUGGCCGUUUUGUCACCGACAAGCUUCGAAAAAGCUGGGAAAGCGAGAAACAUCAUUGCAAAAUAAAUGGGAAAAGGCCCAAACUUUGGAAAAGCAUGUUUUAUAUGCUGUCUGCCAAAGAUGUUAUCAUCAUUUUGACGGGGAAUAUAUUGUGUACAAUCUCUCGCCUUCUCUUUCCACUGUUUCUCGGGUAUCUUGUUUCUAGUCUUAUGUCAACCGAGGCAGAGAAUACUUAUCAACUCUACGCCUGCGUAUUAGUUUUGUGUCUUAUUGGUUUGAUCGGUGGUCUUGGUAUGCACCAGCAAGACUACAGAUGUGAAAUAUUGGGGAUCAAAAUAGCAAGCGCCCUGAGGGGACUGGUGUACCACAAGGUAGGCACGAUCCUAAAGAGUAUUCUAUGCACUUUUUCAAGGCUCAACCGAUUUUUCUAAUACCCUAAACACUCCAAAUUAAGCUAAAGAAUUAUUUUUCUCUAGAAAUCUGUAUGAUUAUUGCAACUGGCUUAUGCCACGUGGAGACCCAAGAAGAGAGGGUUAUUAAACAUCAUCGUUAGUUGCUGUUUCUGCGAAAGCAAGCAAUCCUGCUCACCAAAAAAAGAAUCGAUGUUAAGAGGAAAGUACCGGACUGGUGUGUCGUGCAAUUAGCACGCGCGCGCUGAGACAUUUAACGUUAAUCAGUUCGUAAGCAAGUUACGCGUGCGAUUUCUCGCGUUGUGUUUUCGCAGUUUUAGUCGCAUUUAGUCGCAUUUGGGAGAUUUUCGCUAUCGCUUGUAUUUUUUUCAGUUUUAAUCGCAUUUAGGAGAUUUUCGUUAUCGUUUCUGAACAUUUCUGGCGACCACGAUGGGAGGAAGGUGUGAACUGAUGUUUGUCUGAGGUUUCGUUUGCGAUUUGAGUUUUAAGUUGUGCACUAUGACUGCCGAAUCCGAGGACAGCGAUGUUACCGAGUUUACCGAGAAAAAUGACUAAAUUACGAAUGGAGUCGACAAACAGAAGCAAAACGACGUUGGUUAAUUCAGAUGAAGAGAAGAAAACUUGAAAUUUUUCCAAUGGCUCUUGCAGUCCCAGUAUCCCAAGUUCAAGUUUAUGUGCUCAAUGACACCGAAGGAAAUAAGCGCAAAAACGUGUCCGCAGAAAGUCACUGGCAAUUACAGAUUUGUGAACUGGAACGGCCACCAGAAUGAAUGGCUGCGUGUGACCCAGUACAAUUUUCCCAAGCCAGCAAGUGAUGGACUUGUCGAUCUUUUGAUUGGCAUUGAUAACGCUGAACUCUAUUAUUCGCACGUUGAUCUCCGUGGAAAAAAUGGUGGACCCAUCGCCCGACUCGGACCACUUGGGUGGUGCUGUAUUGGUGCGCCUGACGAAAACGAGACCGCGAGAACACGAUCUCAUAUUAUCCGUUCCUUGUUCGCUAGAGAACCUAUAUGAAGCGAGGGAAAAGAACCCUCUUGUGACAUCGACAACAGCUUAAAGAGAUUCUGGGAAAUCGAGAAAUCUGGCACAGACCGCGAUGGCAGACUCGUACUCACCGAGGAAGAAAGACUAGCCUUAGGCAAAGUGAAAUAUUCCCUCAAGUACGAAAAUGGAAGAUAUCGUAUAGCCGUCCCUUGGAAAGAAAACAAACCCGAUCUCCCUGACUCGAAACCCAUGGCACUCUCUCGCCUCCGAAGCACCGAAAGAAGUCUGAAGAAAUACAGCCGCGUCGCCGACGAAUAUCAAGCAACCAUUCAGGCCUAUGUUGAAAUGGGAUAUUUACGAAAGGUACCCUGAGAAGAACAGCCACCAGCUAACGUAUGGUAUUUUCCCCAUUUUCCGGUCGUGAGAAUGGAUAAGUCGACAACGCAUAUUCAAAUAGUAUUUGACUGUGCCGCUAAAUAUGGUGGUAUUUCCUUAAAUUACAUGACCCAUGCUGGGCCGAAAUUACAGCAAGAUCUUUUCAACGCCCUUGUCCGUUUCCGUCGAAAUCCUGUUAGUGUCGCUUGCGACAUAAAAGAAAUGUAUCUCCAGAUAGAGCUUGAGGAGCAGGACCAAUCCCACUUCCGACUUUUUUGGAGAGACCUUGACUCUAACCGAGAGCCAGACGUAUUCCAUUUUAGCCGUGUAAUUUUUGGAAAGAAUCUCGACCCUAUGGAGGCGCAGUUUGCUGCGCAGGAGAACGCCCGAAGAAACCAAGACUGCUAUCCCCUUGCCACUGAGACCGUCCUUAAGUCAACCUAUAUGGACGAUUAUAUUGACAGUGUUGAAAACGAUGAUGAUAGAGUGGAGCUGUACCUUCAAUUGAAAGCACUAUGGGGAAAUGCCGGCAUGCAAGUUAGGAAGUGGAUCUCUAAUUCACCGAAAGCAAUUGAAGCGAUUCCGACAGAAGAGCGCGCCACAGAGAUCGUGAUUAACGGCGGUCAAGAUCCGAUAACGAAGACACUUGGAAUUUUUGUGAAACAGUACUAAGGAUGUGUUUACCGUCACCGCUUUCUGCAGUUUCCCCAGAAUUUCAGAUAACGAAGUGAAACGUCCUGCGUAAAGUAGCAACGAUUUUUGACCCACUGGGAUUUGCCUGCCCAUACGUUAUUAUCGCCAAGAUCCUACUCCAGGAGCUGUGGAUGCGAGGCUACGACUGGGACAACGAAGUUCAAGAUGAAAUAGUAGACAAAACUGGGGAUUGGUCGGAGCAAUUGAAAAGUCUGCAAGGGGUGAAGAUCCUCUGGUGUCCACGACGUCUGGAGCCUGUCAAGUCGAAGCGCAUUGUGACAUUUGUUGAUGCCUCUCAGCAAGCUUAUGGUGCAGCUGUCUAUAUGCGCUGCGAAUACGAUAACGAUACUGUAACCAGUCGCCUGAUUGCAGCUAAGAAUAAAGUGGCGUCGUUGACUCCGAUAACAGUACCUAGACUGGAACUCAUGGGUGCGAUGUUAGGCCUGCGUUUAACACAGGCCUUGCUGACUGUUUUAGAAGCACCAGUACAAAGCAUGACGUUCUACUUUGACAGUACAGAUGUCCUAUGGUGGAUUCGAGGGCGCGGAAAAGACUUCCGACCGUUCGUUGCCAACCGAACUGGUGAAAUUCACUGAACUGUCGCAGUGGCAGCAUGUCUCCACCGUAGAGAAUCCAGCCAAUUUAUGCACAAGAGAGGCCUCACCUUCAGAGUUAGCCGAAUGUUCCUUGUGGUAGAAUAGCCCUGACUUGCUUACAAAUGAUUUCAGUGAGUGGUCAAAUAUGAAAGUCCCGGAUAGACCCAGUAAAAUGCCAGAGAUUAGAACCUCGAAGAGGAAAGAGGACAUGAAUGCCUGUGCAACCCUUAUAAUAAUAAUAAGUCUUUAUUAAGCACUCUAAACAACAAACGUGUUUAGUUACAAUGAUAUGAAAUCAGCAAGUAUAAAACUAAUAAACUAACUAAAUUACUAACUGAAUAACUAAUAAGAGAACAAACAUCUAUUAAUAAAGGUCCUUUUGAAACGUUCAGUUCUGACAAGCGGGAGAAUAUAAUUAUGGCGCCUCUUACGUAGCGUAUCCAUUGUUCGCUCUGGUGGCAAAAGGUCAUCUAAAUCUGUUGGAAAAUCGCUGUCGGUGAUCUUGGCCCACAACUUCUUAUCUUUUAGAAUGAUAAUAUUUUCAAUCGAAAAAAGCUCUUUACAGUAGCCAAGCUUAAAAGCUCUCUUGAACAGCCUGUCUAUGCGACUCAGAUACUUAUGAUAAUACGCGCAGCCCCAUACUUCUACAGCAUAUGUAAAUAUAGGUAGAAUAAGACUGAUAAAGAGAAGAUGAAGAUGAUGAUGAUGAUGAUGAUGAUGAUGAUGAUGAUGAUGACGUAUAUAUGACGUAUAACCUGCAGAAAGAAACUGCACCGAAACAGAACAACACACCAUGAGUGUGGAGACUUGAUCCGAAACGGUAUUUCAGUUGGACACGUUUGGUUCUAGUACACGCGAGAGUGAGAAGAGUACUACACAAUACACGCAACAGAGACAACAAGUAUGGAACUGUUGCCCGAAGAAAUAAAGAAUGCUGAAGAGGAAAUAGGGCGCUUAGCACAGCGCGAAGCUGUCCAUGAUGACACCGCUUUGAGCUCAGGGAAACCUAUACUAAAGAAAAGCCAGUUGAUAAAGCUUAACCCCUGCAUCGACGACGAUGGAGCUAUUCGGAGUGGUGGUCGAUUAAAGUUCGCAGAUUUUCUCCCAUUUGAUACUAGAUUUCCAGCCAUUCUGCCUCAUGGACACUGGGUGACGAAACUUAUCGUCAAGAACUAUCACGAGAGAGGAAACCAUCCCGCUGGAGUAAACUUCAUUCUUUGCCAGAUGAGUGAGAGAUUUUGGAUCAUCACCGCACGCGAGGAGAUUCGCGAGUGGGAUCACGAAUGUAAUGAAUGUAAGAGAAGACGAAGCGAGCCAGCUUGUCAGAUUAUGGCGCCGCUCCCGAAAACGAGGCUCCACUUCAGUUUCAGACCCUUCGCCCAAACAACCGUAGAUUUUGCCGGUCCUUUGAACACUGUUCAAGGACGCGGAAAACCACGACAGAAGAGGUGGCUGUGCCUUUUUAAUUGCUUGGAAACUCGAGCAGUGCAUUAAGAGAUUGCCUGAGGACUUGGUACCGACACGUUCUUAAACACAUUCGCCCGUUUCACCAGUCGCCGCGGAGUUCCUAGGGAAGUGAUAAGCGACAGAGCCACUAAUUUCGUGGGUACGGCCGGCGAGUUAAAGAAACUAGCCAGUCAGUUAGACCGAUGAUAUCUUCAGAGCAAGACAGCGGAACUUGGACUGACAUGGAGAUUCAAUCCACCAGGUGCCCCACAUUUUAGAUGAGCCCAUGAAAUAAUGGUGAAAGGUGCUAAGAAAGCCAUUUAUGCCGUUGUAGGAGAACGAGAUGUAAACGAUGAGGAGCUGAUCACUGUGUUCGCUGGGGUGGAAUCCCUUCUUAAUUCCCGUCCGUUGACUUAUCAGAGUUCAGAUCCACGAGACGAUGUUCCAUUGACCCCCAACCAUUUCUUGCACGGCCAAAUGGGGGGACAGUUCGCACCCGAGUCCGUUGAAACCACUCCUUUGCACCCGCGUCAACGAUGGCGAAAGGUCCAGGACAUCAUUUCACAAGUGUGGAGGAGAUGGUUCAAGGAAUGUAUUCCUGCCCUUAGCAGCCGUCCAAAGUGGACUUCAGAAUUCCGAGACCUAAAAGUUGGAGAUUUAGUUCUUGUAAUUCAGCCCGAUACUCCAAGAGGACGUUGGCCGUUAGGACGACUUUAUGAAGUGUAUCCUGGACGUGAUGGCCACACCCGUGUUGCUAAAGUUGCGUGUGGCGUCAAAACUGUCUUGAGACCAAUUAAUAAACUUAUUUCGCUUAGAAUACAUUGUUAAUCACUUAUUUAGAAACACAAUUCCCUCCCAGUGUGGGAAUGGGGAAAAUGUUAAGAAGAAAGUACCAGAGUGGCGUGUCGUGCAAUUAGCGCGCGCGCGCUGAGACAUUUAACGUUAAUCAGUUCGUAAGUGAGUUACGUGUAUGAUUUCUAGCGUGUGUUUUUUCGCAGUUUUAGUCGCAUUUAGUCGCAUUUGGGAGAUAUUCGUUAUCGCCUGUUUUUUUUUUAAGUUUUUAAUUGCAUUUAGGAAAUUUCUGUUAUCGCUUCCGAACAAUCGAAGAAACAAACAGUUGUUUAACCAGCAGUUAACGGGGAAGUUGGCUACAGUACACGGCCGCGCUUCUGAACGAGAUUAAAGAUGGAGCCUGGGUUGUCACUCUUUUCCCACAUUCAAAAAUAAUUUGGUAGAGGUUUGAAUACUCUCGUCUCGAAACGUAGUCGCAGAUAUCUUUAUGCAGGAUAUAAAAACCAGAUGUUUUAUUGAACAUGCAUCUUCUUUAAUGUCUAAUCUGUACUCUCUUUCAGACGCUUCUACUCAGCAAGCAGACGUUACUGAAAUUCACUGCAGGACGGUUAUUCGAUCUAAUAUCCAAUGAUGUUAAAAGAAUGGAAGAGGAGACAGUCAAGUAUUUUUUCUCAGCCGCUUUCGCAGUCCCAGAUUAUGCAGGGGCAAUAUUCCUUAUCUACAAUUUAAUUGGUUGGCAGGCUGUUACGGGUGUGUUCCUCUUGUGUAGUCUCAUGCCAUACUAUGCCGUCUUGUCCUACGCUAAUGCUAAGCUGCGCUUGCGCACAGCUACAGUGUCCGAUCAGCGAAUCUCUUUAAUGAAUCAAGUAGUUUCCGGCAUCCGCGCAGUCAAAAUGCAUGCGUGGGAAGACGAAUAUGGACAAAGGAUAAAACAUGUAAGAAGGUAAGGCAAAUGAUCAUUUUUGACCAGAAGUAAGCUUAAACAACACGCUUUAUUUAAUCCCAUAAUUGUUCACCCAAAUUACCAAAACCUCGGAAAUUCUUUGGACAUCUGUACGAGCCAAUCAAAAUGCCUCUUUUCACAAAGAGUAAGUGUCUCAUGUCACCCAUUUCAUAACCGAAGGACUGGCCGAUCAGUUAAACAAUAUUAGUAUAUACUGAGUAGAUAUCGGUAGAACAUCUCAUUGAGUCUAACUUGUCUUUGGUUGGUAUUACUUUUCAUACGCUGUCGUGGGGUCGCAAAAGACGCACUUUCACAAAGAAGUGAACGAUGAGGAAGGGUGUGCUUGACGCCCGCUCACCUCGAUAAUAUUUCAAAUUAGGGAGGACACUGAGGACGGGUCGACUCGACAGAAUACCCACAUAACUUAUGAUAACCUUUCAUCUUCAGAAAUGAAAUCAGCGUCAUUUCGAAGAGGGCAGCCAUUCAGUCAAGUAUCGAUGCCUUGUCAUACGGUGCAACGCUAAUGGCCACUCUGGUGUCAGUAACUACUAUGGUGCUCACAGCCCAGACACUCACACCCGCCAAUGCUUUUAUGCUGCUGUCAUUUAUGGGUGUUUUAAGAUCGAGUGGCAUGGUGAAUAUGACAUCUGGUUUAAUGGUAACGUAUGACGCCUUCGUUUCGCUCGGAAGAAUCGAAGAACUCCUCCUGUCGGAAAAUCUGUUGGAAGCCUCAGAGAGUGGUGAAAGCAGUGAGCCGCCCAAAAAAGCGAAAAGUACCUCAAGUAACCAAAGUCGCAGUUACUUGGAAAAAGAAGAGGAAAAAGAGAAAGUUUUCCUCUCUUGUGAAGCAACAGUAUUCAACCCUACAAUAUUAUGUGUGUCAAAUUUGAGCUGCGCGAAAACGCAUUGUAAAGAUGAGUUUAUUCUUCAGGAUAUCAACUUCUUUGCACCUUCAAAGAGUUUAACAGUCAUUACCGGCCCGGUUGGAAGUGGGAAGUCUACUCUUCUCGCUGUGAUCGCUGGUGAAAUUUCGAACGCUAGUGGGACGAUUGAUCAUCAAGGCUCUUUCAUUUACUUGCCUCAGACUGCUUGGGUGUUCUCGGGAACGAUAAAAGAAAAUAUAUUAUUUGGCCAGCCCCUCGAGGAGUCCAAGUACGAAAGAAUAAUCGACGUCUGCGCUCUGAAAGAAGACUUUCAGCGCUUACCUGAUGGUGACCAAACAGUUGUUGGAGAACGCGGCGAGGUUCUGAGUGGAGGACAACAGGCGAGAGUAAGUUUAGCUCGUGCAGUUUAUGCUGACGGAGACAUUUAUCUAUUAGAUGAUCCACUGAGUGCUGUCGAUGUUGAAGUUGGCCAACACAUCUUUACCAAGUGCGUCAAAGAUCUUUUAGGCAAUAAAAUCGUUCUGUUAGCCUCUCAUCAGCAACAGCACAUGGAAAAUGCUGAUGAAGUGAUUGUGUUGUACAAAGGGCAUGUCCUCGACAAGGGACGCUUUACUGAGCUGCACGACAAGGGUGUAAUCAGCUCAACUGUUGACCCGCUCUAUAAAGCAGCUCUGAAGGACAAAACAGACUCAUCUCAGCCGUUCCGUUGGGAAGAUAAGGAGAAACACGAUGGUGUUGAAAAGUGCCAAAAAAUACAUCCUCUGUCCAAUAAAGCGAGGAGUUUGGAGAUAGUAAAGGAGGAUCGUACAAUCGGAGUUGUGACAUCCAGGCUUUAUUGGGACUAUUUCAGAAGUGGAGCACAUCCUUUGAUGAUAGCUGGAAUGGUUGGUUUAAGUCUCAUUACACAAGGUAAACUUAUUGUUUGAGUGAGUCACAAACCUUGGGUCAGGCCCUAACAGGGAAUACAGCAACCUUUUUUCGAUAUUUCUUUCAUUCUAUUUCGUGCAAAUCAUUUUACAAUGGCUAUGCUUUUAACCAACAAUAGGCGUUGUUUUUAGACUAGAUAGUAAAGGUAAGAGACACUGCACAAAUUUCAACCAUGUUUCAAGGCAAGCGUGAGUGGAACGUGAAUGGCGAUCGACGCGCGGAAGGAAGAACUGGUGUCUUGCUCCUCGCGUUUGUCUUGCACUCGCCUCCACUCGCCCGAAAAUAUAAGAAAACUCGUUUCUAACUAACUUUCUGAGACCGAAUGCAGUUUUCUAACAAUAUUUAUAUGUAACAUGGUUGACUGCUUCGUCUAUUCUGUGACGUUGUGGUGCUUACAUAAACAUUCCCAAGAUACAAACGUAAAUAGCUAACCCUGGAGAGUUGUGCCUGGGCCCAAUAAAUCUUACACUGUUCAACUGAAUGAUCAUAUAGAAAUACUUUUCAACCACCGCAUGUUGAUCUUAUUUCUUUCAGCCAUCAUAGCUGCUCCAGACUUGUGGCUCUCGUUUCUUGCAAGGCUAAACCCUGAGGAUCAGAAUAACAAGACUUAUAUAUCUGUCUUCGCCUGUCUGGUUGGCGUGUGUAUUAUAUUUACCAUCAUUCGGGCUUAUGGAUUCCUCCUAGUUUCUCUAAAGUGCGCCGAACGUCUUCACGAUAAAAUGGUUGUGGCCAUUUUACAAGCACCUGUCCUGUUCUUUGAUUCAAAUCCAGUGGGAAGAAUCCUAAAUCGCUUCUCCAAUGAUAUUGGCUGCGUUGAUGAGUUGUUACCAAAAACAUUCCUGGCGGAAAUGCAGAGGCUCUUGGUGAUAUUUUCCCAAAUUCUGGUAACAGUUGUUACAAAUGUCUGGCUGAUGUUUCUUGUUGUUCCAAUCUCCGUGCUGGUUGUUUUAUUAUCCAAUUAUUACUUGAAGACUGCCAGAGAACUUAAGAGGUUAGAGUCGAUAUCCCGAAGCCCAGUGUUGGCUCAUUUUUCGGAGACCUUGAACGGACUAAACACGAUUCGUACCAGAGGAAAACAGACAGAUUUUGUGGAUACAUUUUACAGGUAUGUUAGAGACAUUGAUGUAGUGUGUUGUGCCAGAGCAUAUGAAUGCACAGGCCCCAAAUGAGUCAUAAUUGAUCAUUUUCUGUCAGCUGUUUAUUUUUUAUUUACCGGCAAUACACGCAAUUGCAUCACGCGUCUUUUGGAAUCCUAUGUGGUAUGUGCUGAGACACUGGUCAGCAUUUUCGUAUACGAGGCACGGUCACGAAACGAAGCUAUCCGAAAGAGAAAUAAAGGCAUUACUAGUGGUAAGACAACAGUAAUUGCUCUGUGUGGUUUUCGUUCUUCUGACAGGAUUUAAACAGACCCAUUAUACGAUCGGUCCAUCAACAAGAUCGCGUGGCCCCGAAAUUUCACGAUUAAUCAAAACUGUAAGAAAUUUAUCGAACGUGAUUGGUUAUCACCAGCCCGAUUUGAGCUCUGAUAAGAGAGUGUAAGUGUCAUGCGUGUAAUUAGAUAGUGUAAUAGGACAGUUGACAAGUCAUACCUGCGUGUAAGUGUAUGCACGCGCCGUCGUCGCACAUUUCGCGGAGUUUUUUAUGUAUUAUGCAUUUUUUACGCAUGACUAAAGUCUAGUUUUUUUUUCUAAUUUUUUCCAAUUGUUGAUCAAUUUGGUUAGAGAACUUCAUGUCGUCCAAUUCUGUCUUCAAUCAUACUCAGACUCCCGCUUUGCAUCCGAUUUUGUUAAUCACUCGUAUGACUACGGACCGAAAUGGAUUCCACUAAGUCCUAUUGAGUUUAAAAGGAAAUGCAGACAAGCGUAACUCGUCUUCUCCUUCUGAUAAGUGUUAUACCUUUUGGAGAAUCUACCAUUUUUAAUGGGAAAGUAUCCAUAUCGUUAGAAAAUUCGGCUCUAGCGACUCUCUCCUCAUCUAGACGAAUGGAGUAUACCUAAGAUUCAGAUGUGGUUACGGAAGUGAUCUUUUGGGUACUUAGCUAGAAGCUUGUGGAUGUUUCUUGGAGAGUAACGUCUUUUUAAGAGGGUAAGGUGUCGGGCGGAAUUUGUCUCCGUUACAUUGUCAGGCCAAAGAAGACACUGGUCUCACUUCAGUGUGUGGACCCGAUGUAAUCUCCUUGAAGUGUUUUUUGGAAUGAUUAUCGUAAAAAAGAUACAAUUUGAUAAUAACAAGCCAGUUAUAACGAAAGAAAAGAUCAGAAGUAGUGAAAUAGGACUUAACAUAAAAACAAGGAAACGGCAUUGAACGUUGACAAACGCGUUCAACUAAUAGGUGGCUGGUUUUGAGCGAGGUUGCUGGACCAAUGACUUAGCAAAGUAAUACAAAGCUCAUAAAAUCUGGUUUAUUGUCAACAGUCAACCAAAAAAAUCACUCAAUUAUUAAAACUUAUGAUUAAAACUCGCCCCCUCAGAUAUCAAGAUGUUCAUAAUCAGGCGUACGUCAUGGUGAUGGCCAGCGGUAGGUGGCUCGGUGCACGUUUGGAUUGUCUCGCUUCUUUGUUAGUCGGUGCAGUUGCUCUGGCUGCAAUCUUGGUAUCUCAAGAUGCCGGUAAGCUCAAGAUUCUUAGUAACGAUUUUGAGUCUUUCUAUGAAGAUUAAGAAUCUAUAGCCGUGUAUUAACACAACAUGAACUACUACAUAAAAAAAUAGGAGUGAAAAUACAUGCACUCUUAUUAUCAACGGGUGCUGUAUAAACACGACAGAAACGUGAGAGUCACUCGGGUGGCUUAGGUGCUGAGCAAACGUUCAAGUGUGUUUUAUGAUCCAAAACGGGAAACUUGAGUUGAUAACUCUUCUGCACCUACUUAGCUUGGAGUCAAAACAACGACACUGAGGAAGAUGUAAAAGAGAUGCUUUAUUAAUUCCCUCCCAUUAAGUGACUGCCUGGACCAGGCUAAGUAACCUAGCCUUGCUAAGUUUUCGUUCUAUAUUUUGAGCCAACAAGAGAAAACUAGUCCGGAAUUUAUAAAUUCAAGGUCUGAUUGUUCUUUUCAGCUUACGCUGGUCUCGCUCUUGUUUACGCCAUCCAAACUCUGAACUCUACUCAAUACGCUGUUAGAAAAGCCUCUGAAGUGGAAAACUACAUGACGUCAGUUGAGCGAGUCAUGACCUACACCAAACUUGACCGUGAGCCUGGAUACGAGGAAGAACGAACACCUCCACAGGACUGGCCUCGGAGAGGAAGUAUUGUGUUGAGAGAUGUAUCACUGAAGUACUAUCCAGGAGGACCUCAAGUGCUAAAGAACAUCAACCUUAGCAUCAAAGGAGGAGCAAAGAUUGGAAUAGUCGGCCGUACGGGAGCUGGGAAGUCAUCUUUUGUAGCAGCUCUUAUGCGCAUGCCUGAUGCUGAUGGAGAGAUAAUCAUUGACAAUGUUCCAAUUAAAGACAUAGGUCUCCAACAAGCUCGACGAGGUAUCUCGGUUCUUGGCCAAAGUCCUGUUCUUUUUAGCGGAUCAUUGAGGAAAAAUCUAGACAUUUUUGACAAGUUUCAAGACGCUGAAUUAUGGCAAGCUUUAGAGGACGUGCAACUGAAAGAUUUUGUCGAGAGACUUGAGGCCAAACUGGAUCACGAACUGCUGGAACAUGGCGCUAAUGUCAGUGUUGGAGAGCAGCAGUUAAUUUGCUUGGCUCGUGUGCUGCUACAGCGAAGUAAAAUCGUCGUCUUGGACGAGCCAACUGCACAUGUUGACCCAGACACAGAGCAGACAAUUUGGAAUGUAGUGCGGGACAAACUGAAGGACUCCACUGUCAUCACUAUAGCUCACCGUUUGAACACGAUAAAAGAGUGCCAGAGGAUUUUGGUCUUAAAAGAUGGAAAAGUUAUGGGAUUUGACAAAUUUGAUUCAGUUAUGAACAUUAAGUGA